CCCACUAACUGCUUAGGCUGGCCUGGAGGGUGGACUCUUCUGCUUCGCAUGUCCUCGCCCUCCCUCUCUCCUCCCCAGGGGAGCUGGGUUACAGGCCUGUGGCACUGUGGGGAGAAUCAUAAUGAGAGGUUCGUCUUCAUUGCAGAGUGGUAUGAUCCAAAUGCUUCGCUCCUUCGACGUUACGAGCUUUUGUUUUACCCAGGGGAUGGAUCUGUUGAAAUGCAUGAUGUAAAGAAUCACCGCACCUUUUUAAAACGGACCAAGUAUGAUGAUCUACGCUUGGAAGAUUUAUUUAUAGGCAACAAAGUGAAUGUCUUUUCUCGACAACUAGUGUUAGUUGACUAUGGGGAUCCAUAUACAGCUCGCCAACUGGGGAGCAGGAAAGAAAAAACAUUAGCCUUGAUUAAACCAGAUGCAGUAUCAAAAGUUGGCGAAAUAAUUGAAAUAGUAAACAAAGCUGGGUUUACUAUAACAAAACUCAAAAUGAUGACACUUUCAAGGAAAGAAGCAGCAGAUUUUCAUGCGGACCACCAGUCGAAGCCCUUUUUUAAUGAGUUGAUCCAGUUUAUUACAAGUGGACCUGUUAUUGCCAUGGAGAUUUUAAGAGAUGAUGCUAUAUGUGAAUGGAGAAGGCUGCUUGGCCCUGCAAACUCUGGACUGGCACGUACAGAUGCUCCCGGGAGUAUCAGAGCUCUCUUUGGAACAGAUGGCAUAAGAAACGCAGCUCAUGGCCCGGAUUCUUUUGCUUCUGCUGCCAGAGAAAUGGAAUUCUUUUUUCCUUCAAGAGGAGGUUGUGGGCCAGCAAACACAGCCAAAUUUACCAACUGUACCUGCUGUAUCGUUAAGCCUCAUGCCGUCAGUGAAGGACUGUUGGGAAAGAUCCUGAUGGCUAUUCGGGAUGCGUGUUUUGAAAUUUCAGCCAUGCAGAUGUUCAACAUGGACCGGGUUAAUGUUGAAGAAUUCUAUGAAGUUUAUAAAGGAGUAGUAUCUGAGUAUAAUGAAAUGGUGACAGAAAUGUAUUCUGGCUCUUGUGUAGCAAUGGAAAUCCAACAGAAUAAUCCUACAAAGACAUUUCGAGAAUUUUGUGGACCUGCUGAUCCUGAAAUUGCCCGGCAUUUACGCCCUGGAACCCUGAGAGCACGCUUCGGUAAAACUAAGAUCCAGAAUGCUGUGCACUGUACGGAUCUACCAGAGGACGGCCUCUUGGAGGCAUUGUGAAAGAAUUGUAGACUCAAACAAGACAACCUCUGUUCUCAGAGAGCUCACAGCAAUUUGAAAGGUCGAAGAUCUUAGCACGAAUAUAAAAGUCUCUGAUUUCCUUGCAUGCUGUAGUGGUGCCAAAAUCACUUUUGUGAUUAUAAGAAUAAAUAAAAGCAUGGUAUUUAUGAGGCAUCCUCCAGUGUUGUUUCACUGGUAAUGUUCUCUGAUGUUCUGUUGGUUGUAAUAGUAAGGAUCUGGAAUUUAUGUAGUAAAGCACUGAUGCAAAGCUGUUCAGCUUAAGUAGUAAUCAAAUAAAUCCUACUUGUGUACAAAUGGCAGAGAAUUUUUACCUUGCCCGUAAGGCUGCAGUGAAAUGAUAUCCUGAUUUUGCUGGUGACAGCUUUGGGGCAGCUUGCAUUGAAGGCCUAGGGAUUUUCCUUACAAUUUGUCUCAGAAGUCCACUUUUAGCAUCUAACCAAAGGAGCAGGAUGGCAGCAGGGCUGCAAAAUGGAAAGUCAUUUGUACACAUGGUAAUAGAAGGAGAAUUUGUGGUUAUUAAAAUGGGAAAACAUGGGCAUUCGUAAAGAUAGAUUCCAUGACCCAGCCUCUUAAGAAACCAUCCAGGACCCUCCGUCUGCACCUCAGUCUUGUGUGGAUUUCUACUGUAUUUGACUUCCCACUGCUAUAAUAGCAUAGCCAGGCUCAUAUCACUGUUGUUAGAUUUCUUGUUUUUGUAAAAUGAAAGGAACUAAGAAUACCUGCCCCAUUAGGCAGUGUUGUACCUGGCAAAUGUGUUAUUAUUAUUAUAGCACAGUAUCUGUUUGCUCAUAUAUAUUUCCAUGAAACUGUGCGCUCCUUUGAAAGAGAUUCUUUCUUGCCUGUCAUAAAAAUUUGUCAAAAAAUAAUUACUGAAGAAAAAGAGAAGAAUUUGGUUAAGUAAAUUGUGAUUCAUGCACUUAGUCAAAAAGUGUGUAACCUUUUUUUUCUGUAAUGUGGUUUCUAUCCUCAGUUGCAUAUUAGAACUCAUAAACAGUUUUUUAAACACUGGUGUUCUGUCUUACACCGCAAGGACUCUAAUGUGGGAUAGGCCGGUGUGGGGAUCAAAUGCUAAGCAAGCACUCUAUCUUCGAGCUACACAACUUGAGAUUCUAAUUUAUUAUUAUGUUUUUCAUUUUGGUGGAAUUUUUUGUUUUGUUGUGCUCUGUUUUGUUUUGAUACAGGGUCUCACUGUGAAGGUUAGGCUGGCCUUUAACUCACUGUGUAGCUCAGGCUCCCUCAAACUUAUGGCAACUCUUCCUGCCUCAGCCUCCCAAAGGCUGGGAUUACAUAUGUGUGCCACCAUGCCAGGGUACUGAAAUACUAAUUUGAAAAAAAAAAUUGAAGUUCUAGAGAAGUUGGAGUUGGCACACAAAAAUCUUUUUCUAAUAAACAUUAGUGUAAGUUGCCAACAUAAUGCCCUAUGUCAGUGAUGAGGAGCCUUUCAGAGCUUUCAGUGAUAAAUAGCCAGCUGUGGCAUGUGUGCCAGGGGUUUGCCACCACUGUCCCAUGCUUAACACUUGAGGUGCUUUGUGUGUGUUUUUUAACAUAAAAAUCAUUUUCCUACAUAACUACAUUAUAAGCAUCCAAAUUAGAAAAUUAAGACUAAUGCCCUUCUAUCAGACUGUGUUCAAGUCUCACCAGUUAUUUCAGUAAUAGCAAAAGAAUCCAGGUCAGGGCCAUAUAUUGUGUUUAGUUUUCUUCUUAGCGCUCACCCUGUCUCUCUCCCUGCCUCUCUGUGUGUGUCUGUCUCUCCUUGUCUCUCUGUGUAUCUCUCUGUCUCUCUAUGUGACUCUAUCUUUCCCUGUCUUUCUCUGUAUCUGUCUGUCUGUCUGUCUGUCUGUCUCUCUCCCUGUCUAUCUCUUUGUCUUUCUGUCUCUCUCCUUCCCUCCCUCUGAACAUACUGGGGAUGAAACCAACGCCUACUAGUCAGGUGCCUCGAGUUUCCUGGACUUUCAUGAUCUUGAUACCUUUGAAGAUAGCAAGCAGAGAUUCUAAUUAAAUUUAUUCAUUUAUUUCUUGGCUUAUCAGCAACUUUUCUGGAUGGGUUCCCUCUUAGCACUCACUAGACAGUGACUCACUAGACAGUGCUGCAUGGUGUUUGUAACUCACAUGAGAAGUGUUUUGUUGCCUUUUCAUUGUCCGGGGGGAUGAACGAACGAUGCUCCUGUUUCCCUGCUUCUGCCUUCUCCUUGCUGUACCUCAGCAUCGUCCUUCGUCUCACCUGUGUCACUGGUGAUUGUGAAAAAUCAUGCUAUUUUCUCCUCUUUGGAGACUUCUUUGGAAGAACACAGUCUACUUUUUUGCUUUUCACUUUGCCUAUAUAGUCUGCUUCCAGAACUCUCUUUCUCUGAUUAGCUUUGUCAAACACAGCUAACCCUUUGCAUACAUAGAAACUGAAGCUCUCAAAGUUGCUGAAUGGGUUAUCAUAGAAAAUCCAGGUAUAUUUAAUUUUGAAUCCUGUACACCAAAACAAUAAGUCAGUCAUCCUUUGCUCAGAUAUUUAUGUUAUUUAAAAAUUAAAAGUACUAUACUGGAGUCACAGCAGUAAGCAGGGUAGGAGUGGCUCCUGCCUUCAUAGAGCCUGCUGGUUUCUGAAAGAUACUAUAGUGCUUGUUUUAGAGAAUAAUGGAAAUAUAGGCCUUUGCUAUUCUUUCCCAAAUAUUCCAUAACUUGUCUUUACCAAGUACCUGUAUUUUCUAUCACUUUGUUAUUAUAAAAUAAAAAAUUUUAAAUAUACAAAAUAUUCUGUUACAUGCAUAGUUGAUCAGAACAAAUAUGAAUUUGGAUAUAUAAUUAUUCAUGCUAUCUUCUUUUGGUAAAAAUUAGUGAAUCAAGAAUUAACUAAAAAUAAAUAUAGAUUGCUCCGGCGAGGGCCAGGAGGAUAACCAGCACUCCUGAGAAAAGGCCAUGGUGGAUCUCAGGCAGCUUAUUCUUCCACCCUCUUGGUUAGCGCCCCCAGCAAGGGCCAGGAGGAGAACCAUUGGCUCCUGCGAGCCUAUUUUCGUGGGCUGAAAAUCAAACCGCCCUCCCCCAUAGCUACUGGGGAUAGAUGUCUCAGCGUCUCUUGGGAAGAUGACCAUAUGCAGGAUAGCAAAUAUGGGGGAUUUCCUUCUAUCUUGUUAGAAGGCAAAGGCUAUUUUCACUGUUUUGUUUUGUUAUGCUCCUUUUGCUCUAUUCAAUACUCUCAAUUGGUUUUAUAAUGUUCUGUUUUUGGUUUACCUAAUUCGCUAUACCUAAUUGACUGGACAACUAUGGUGACGAUAAUGAGAUAUACCAUAGUACCUAUUACUACCACCCCAGUAUCCUGCUGUGAAGUUCUGUACCAAUUUCAUUGCAUUGUCUCAAUUGGCUUUGUUCUGUCUUGUGCUCUUGCAUUUUUACUACUUUCUAAAUAAAAAUUAAAUAAAUAAAUAAAUAUAGAUGUAGGGUGACUAAGAUGAGAUAAGCCAGAUUUAUUGACCCUGAUUAGCUCAGGCCUCUUCACAUAGUCACAUUCAUAAUUUAUCUUUCAUUUUAGCUUCUGUCUUACAGGAAAAAGAGUUGUGAUUUUUACUGGUACAUUAUCAAAGAAGGAACAACUUGUGCAAAGACAAGAACAAACAGUAUUCUCUUGGAGACUUAAAAAUAGCUUAAUGAGGCAGGAGCUUUGAUUAGGAGGUGGGAAAUGACAAGAGAUAAGCUAGAAAAGUCACUAGAGUCUUGUAAAAUCAUAAUAUGACAUCUGAACUUUAUCCAGAGGCAUUUGGGCUUCCAAUAAAUGUUUUAUACAGAGGAGUGGCACCACUGUGUCUGUGUUGCAGGGUCACUCUGGUUAGCAUGGAGAACAGACUGAAGGGAACUCUGCAGAUGAAGGAGGGGCAACCUGAGGGCAGAGCAGCGAGGGACGGUUAAGGUCACUCAGGAGAAAACCCUGGGAGCCUGAAUGAAUGCAGCAGUGUGUACAGUCAGAGCAGAGAGCUUCAGAAGAUGUUCGAGGCAGUACAGUUCACAGCCUGAGUGGACACAGACUGGACAUCGGGGAUACCUAAGGGAGUGACACAGGGUGAACCUCUGUCCUGGAGUGAAGACAGUGGUACGGGACCACCGUCUUUAUCUGUGAUACCAGAAUCUGAAAGCUUCUGGACAGGUUUUUUCAUAUGUUUGGUGACAAAGCCUAACCUAAUAUUAUAUCAGGCUCUGUAUCAUUUUUGUUGAGCCCACUUAGUGUACUUACACUGAUAAGAUAGUAUUAAUAUAUUAGAUUAUGGGCGACUUCCUUGACUCCUUCAAUUAUUCUAAAUUUCCAGACAUUCUGGCACUAAGAGUUCUGAGUAAGCAGUUGUGAAAAAGUUUGAAACAUGCACAGAAAAAAAGCUAAUCAAAGAAUAUAGAUGUGUGGGUGGUGUUCAGGUUUUCAUUGUAUCAUACCGUUGAAAUGGCUUAGGGGUAAGCUUUUCACAGGGGAGUGCAACGAGGAAAGAUAAUUGAGGAUGUUAACAAGUGUGUUGGAAGUUAGAAAUAGGGAAAUAUGUGAGGCAGGAGGUGUUAGAAACAGGAGAUUGUAGGAAGGCCAAGACAUUGAAAGAUUUUCUGAGGUACAGAUUGGCAUCUUUGGAAUACCAGAGGGAGGACCCUAUGGUUAGAGACUGGUCACAGUUUAAAAGUUCAGUGGUGGCGCUUUGCAUGAUGAUAGUAAGCUGUAGGGUUUGGUGAUGGAAGAGCUAGCAGUGUAGAACACAGGUCAGUAUCGUCACUAGAAAUAUGGAAGUAAAGAACAAAAACUGAGAGAGAUUCUAGUGUUGGUGGCGCUUCAGUCACCCAAGAUCAUGGCUAGGAGGCCAGAUCCCCAUCUGGAAAAUGAUGAUCCAAGGUGUGAUGUCCUCAACACAAGGAGAAAGUGGGUCUGAGGUGUAAUAGCAAUAAGAAGAGUGGAUGGAGUCAGAUGGCAAGGCCUCAGAGAGUCGGGGGCUCACAUACGGUGACCGGAGAUAUUAAAUUAGCUGGGGGUCAAAGAUAGGACUACUUUUACCUACCUGAUCAAAGGUACUUCAGCUGAGAGCUCCAGGGAAUUGAUACCUCAAGGAGUGUCCACACUUCAGCUAAGGCUAGGACGCCUACUGCAGAGGUUCAAAAUUCGGGGAGUUUACGUUGGUACUGAGGCUCAGAGGAGGCCAGAGGAACAGUUAGAGAUGGAGAAAGAGAAGAGGAAACUUUAAACCAAGUGAGAGUAGCAGGAGAGUAUGUAAAUGACCGAAAUGGCUUCCAGCUUGCUGGGCAGAACUGUUACAAAUCGGUAAUUUUUGGUGCCUGGUAAUAGAGGCUCUCAAAAUAAUAUCUUUCAAAGAAAGGAGUUUUAUUUUUCUGCCCCACUCUUUGAGAGUAUCCAGGGCUGGUGUGGCAGCCCUUACCACAAGGAACUCAGGCUCCGCCUCCAUAUUGCACUUAGCUGUCCCUAGUGUGUGCUUUUUGCCUUGUCACAGAAUGGAGUCCUCAGAACUCCAGAGAGCACUUCUAUGUGGUAAGGAGAGAAGAACAGAAGGUGGGGACGCCAGCUGAGUCAACACCCUCUCCCCUUCGCGCCUUCUCGGAAGCCAGCACCCGCCCAGCAGUUUCUGUUCUUGCUUUCUUUGCUAGGAUUUCAUGCCCUAGCCGCUCCCUUUUUAGAGAGAAGGGGUAAAUGUACUUGUGUUAGUUGGGAACAUUAUUUGCUUUAGCAAAAGUCAAGAUUCUGUUGGAAGGAAGCAAGGUAGAAAAACGUUAUAUAGGGAAGAUAGUAUCGUCUGUGAGUGGCCAACAAGUUGUACCUUGCUAGUGCACGGGUUCCAAUACAGUGUAACCCACAGAUCCCAGCACAGGGGCUCUCUAGUGUCCUUCCCUCCUCAGGAGCAUCUGAAUGACCGGAGAUUUGGGGGGAAGCAAAGUUCUUGGGUCCCACUUAGGCCUGCUGACUCAGAAGCCUUGAGACUGGGCAUGGGAAUCUGCUUCAGCUGAACUUCUAGGUGGUUCUUAAGACUGCAAGACUUGAGAACUGCUGCCCAGGGCAAUGGUUCCAGUCAGUGGAUGCAGCAAAACCACUUGGAGAGAUAGGUAAAGAGAGAGAGAAAAAGAGAAAGAGAGGUACGAGAAUGUAAGACAGACACAUAAAAAUUGCACAUAGGCAUGGAAUACCAUGUGAUGAUUUAAUCUAUGCGUGACCUCUCAUGUGUGCUCAUGUGGAGAAUCUGAAAAAGUUCAUCUCAUAGAAGCUGGAAAAAUAGCAGUGACAGUGGGCAUGAAGAAAGGCUGGGUAAGGGCCUGGGGCCCUCUCAUGCAAAAGACUGGUUGAGUAGGUCUAGUACAUACUUUAAUGAUGCAGGUGACUCAGAUGUAGCUAAUAGUCAAACCAGCGUUUCGAAGCUACUUUCCUAGGGGCAAGGGUACCCCAGACUUGAGAUAAGCCAUUUGCCUGCUAGACCUGUGAGCCCCCAGUAAGGACCCGUUCUGCUUUCUGAACCACCGCAAGUCAAAUGUACUUAGCAGCCUCUCUGGAUGGAUUCUUCUGUGACCUGGGUCUUUUCCAUUUCCAAGCAAAUCCCAGCAUCUGAGCAGAGUUUAUGGCUUCUCUGGACAGAGCCAGCCGUAGCUUGAUUAUCUGACUUUCUUAGGGCUUCCAUGGGCCUCCAGGAAUGGAUAGAGGCCUGGGCUCACACUUCCUAUGAUGCUGAGGGUGGCAAGGACAGAGGCCUGAUCAUUUCACAGCUGGAAAUAGUUUUCCUCAGGCUGUUCAAGUCUGCACUCACCAUUUAGCUUAGGUAUGAACACAUGACUUACAAGAGUGCUGGAGCCAAACCUUUGUCCUUUGGCUGAUAAAUGCCUCAGGGAACUAGGCCUAUGAUAGACCUUUUUUUUCCAGAGCCAGGAGUUGAACCCACGUUCUUGCACAUGCUUGCCAAGUACUCUACAGCUGAACUACAUCUCCAGCCCUUUUAUUUUAUUUUUGAGACAAAGUCUGGCUGAAUUGCCCAGGUUGGAUUCAGAGUUUCGACCUUCCUGCCUCAGCCUCCCAAAGGAGCUGGAAUUAUAGUCUUGUGCCACCAUGCCUAGCUGUCACAGACUUUUGUAUCUUCAGUCCUUCCUUGCAUAGUACUAGCUUUUAGGCAGUGUCUGUUGAGUAAACACAGGAGGGAAUGCGCCAUGAGUGAGAAGAGCACCCCUCUUCCUUAUAUGGCUGAAAUGUCACAGGGUCCCCAUGAGGGUGAUCCUCACUUUGAUCAUUGCUAACUGGAGUUGUAUGUGCCUCACUUAUUUGUAUGUUAAAUUCUUUUUCUCUACCAGGAAAGUUUUUUGUCAUGAUGUCUGUGAACAUGUUUUUAAUGUCGUUUGUGGUAUCUCCUGCUUGUUCAUUGACUCCAAUGGAUCUUAACUUAUUCGUCUUUGUCUCAUCUAGCAGCUGCUGGCUUGAUUUCUCAUGACCCCUUGCUAGUUGUGAGAAAUCUUGUUUUCCUGGUCACUAACUGCAAGCCUAUCUUCAGUAUCUGAGAUUCUGUCCUCACAUUGGCCCUAUCUGCUUUGGGUACUUUCAGUGGAGUUUUCACUCUCCUGGAUAUCUGCUUGAAGCUGCUUUAUGGAUUCCAUUUCUUUCCUAUGCAGCACCUCUAUAAUUUGCUUGAGCUUGUCUAUUUUUUUUUUUUAAAUCUGUGCUCUACCAUCAUGUGUACUUUGGUAAUCUCUGUACAUAUCUGAGUUUAUUUCUGAUUUCAUUUUUUCCAGAGCUUCAUUCAAUUGCUUUGUUGUUUCCUCUUCAGAGAGACCUGGCAGGGGGCUUUCAGAUUGUCCCACCUCAUUGGCCCCUGGGUUUACCUUUGGUGAACUGGAUGUCUGGGAUUGCAUCUUGUUUAAGUGUCUUCUCAUUUCUUUUCUUUUUUUAGUUUAAUUCCUGGGGUGAUGCUUGUAAGUUGUCUACGUGGGUUGCUUUAUUGGUGGUAUUUAGGACCCUUCGGUGAUGAUUAUUUCUCUGAGGUAUUUCCCAGGUGUAGCUGAUUUUUGGGUUUUGAGUCUCUUGGAAGAUCUUACCUCUUCAGUUUGUUGGAGAUGAGAAGUUGUUGCUUGUUUAGCCCAGUCCCUGGUCCUUUAGCACUGUGCCACAGUAUUUUCUGUGAGUCUUAUUUAAUCUCAGUGAUGGAUUAUGAGAGCCAACAGCUGUUUAGAACAAUUGUGUCAAUUUGGGCUGUAGUGGUACCAAUGGCAUCAAACCCAGCCUGUAAAACAACAAACUGAGUUAACCCUUGAUUUGCAACUUUUAACCAUAUGAACUAGGUUUGUGAUUGUAUAACAAAAUGUAAAACAGACCAGAUAAUUACAUGCAAACUGUAAGUUUAUAAUGUGUCAAUUUUGCCCUUGGAGUUGAAAUUUAAAAUAGAUUAAAAAGAAAUAGAGAAGUGGAAGAAGAGAAAGAGAUUGUAAGUAAGGUUGGAGAACAAAGGUGGAUCUCACCAACUUAGGGAAACUGGUGCAGAAGACUGAAGGAAAAGAGAGGUGGAAGAGAUAAAAGGAAGAACAGAACAAAUGCACACCCUUGAAAAGGUUAGGAAAAAACGGAGAAAGAGAAAAAAAGCCACAAUAAAACAAAACAAAACAAAUUAAAAGAAAAAAAUAAAUAGCCUACUUCUAGGAUUCUCCUUGGGUUUGCUAGUAGACAGCCUGCAGAGACAGAAAUCCCAAUCAUGCCACUCUAUUCCUCUAAGCCAGCAGUUGCUUUAUGGUGGAAUAGGGGUGAUCCUCACUUUUCAGUGGCUGUGUCUCAUUAAUCCCUCUACCUACCAAGUGCUAGAAUGGUCCAUGGCUGCCACAGUUUCUCUCACUGCUGAUUGUACCAGGUGAAACCUGAAACACAUGCAUGUGGAACACUGAUGGUUCACAUAAAUUGCGUUUCUUCCUGUACAACCCUCUAAUUUCAAAAAGUCUCUACAUUAACUUUAAAAUCAUCCUAAAAAUAGAAGAGCAUGAGGCUGUCAAAUUGUGGUUCAUUAUGAUUCUACUAGUGUUUCAUCAGUUUUGGUUAUUUUCUCAGGCAAAGAAAUCUUGGACCAUGGAGCAGUCUCCUAUAUCUGUCAUAAAUGAAGCUCAUGUUCCUUGCUAGGUUACUUCUAUUUCUUUUACACUAGGUAGUUCUCACACUACCUCAGUAAUAAAUGUAUCUCUAUUUCCCUCAUUUAGCAUAGGUAAAUUUUUUUUCAUUCAAAACAAUAAUAGAAUCCAGUAAUAAAAUCCCAGAAUUACUUGUUCCAGCUAGUCAUAAUACUUGGUUUCUUUGGGAAGUUUUCUAUAAAGAUGAAUACUAUAAUAUUCUAGCAGUCAAUGUAUUCCAUAAAGGGGAUUAUAUAAGUCCGUAGCCCUUUUGGGUUUUUAAGCAGAGUCAGAUCUAACUUCCUUCAGAUCAGCUGUCUUCUCAAUCUGGAAAGUAACAAACCUAAUGGGUGUAAGGACUAUGUUUAAUAUCAUUUAUCCCACUUUCCAUAGGCACUUGUAAAGUUGUUCGCUGUAGACACUAGGAAAUAACUUUAGGUUAAUUUCCUUUUGGAAAGAUUGGCUAAUUAAUCAUUGUGGCCAACCCAUAUAAAACAAGUUUAGAUUCAUGGGACUAAAAAUGACCUACAAGAACAGUCAGGAACCUCUAGGCACUUUGACUCGGCACUUUCUCAGCUUUUCUACAGUAUUUGGUUCUUAAACUCCACUGGUGGCAGAAUCUGCAGGAAGGCUUUCUAGAAACAAAGAUUGUUGGACUCCAGAGUUUCUGACUCAGUAGAGCUGAGGUAAAGCUGGAGGAUUUGCAUUUCUAACAAGCUCACAUUUAGCCCUAUUAUAUAGGGUAGUCUCACACACUUUGAAAUCCCUGCCUUAACCAAAAUAUACUCCAUACUUUCGUAGUAGUAAGUCAAGUUGUUCACUUGGUUAGUGACUCUAAGAUUUGGAAUUUCUCAGACCUGGAACAUUUCCAGAAGCAAACCAGCCAGUAAACAACAGUAAUAGAACCCACGUUGAGGUUGGAUUCAAUAAUGAUUAGCUUUUUAAAAUCUUCCAAAUGAAGACAUUAGAAAAAACUGUUUCCUAUCAGCAGCAUGAUUUAGCUUUAAAGACUACUUAAUUACCAACAGCAUUAAGCCAUAGAAUAUGAACUAUUUCUUCAAUUAAAUAGAUUCAGCUUUCCCUGCAACUCACUUUAUUGCUGUGGCAUGAAUUGGUCUGCUGCAGGUACACUGAGAAAGUUCCAUUUUCCGUGGGCAGUUCUAAAACGCAGGAUCCACUGAAAGUGCUUCACUUUUCAUUCUCACCAUCCACAGGCAGUUGCAAGCAGUGUCAACAGGAAAACACUUUUUCUUCCCAGGGGAGACCCCUUUAAAUCCCUAAGUUUUCCCAAUUUUGUCAGAAUGUGGUGCAAUUCCGUCCUAGACUAACACCAUUUUGGAACUGUAGAGCCUUUGGAGUAAUUUUUUUUUUCACAUCUGAUAUAGAAUAUAUCAUAUUGGAUGGGGUGGGUUGCCUUUAAUCCCAGCUCUGUAGGAGGCAAAAGCAGGAAGAUCACAAUUUGGAGCCCAACCUUGGCAAUUUAGUGAUUUAGCAAAACCUUGUCUGAAAAAUAAAAAAUAAAAAUGUAACCCACCAUGAAAACCCUGGGUUCAAAGGUUCAGUCCCUAACACCACAGAAAGGAAAGGAGGAAGGAAGAAAGGAGGGAAGGAAGUUCAUUAGUUGUAGUUUACAGACCUCUUUGACCUAUGGAAAAUGAUAUAUGCUUGUUUGUUGGUUGGUUGGUUGGGGUUUUUUAAAGAUGGGAUCUUGCUUUAUAGCUGAGGCUGGCCUUCACUCGCUAUGGGACCUCGGCUGACCUCAAACUCUCUUAGAGUCUUCUGCCUCACCCUCCAGCAUGCAGGGAUUAUAUAUGAGCCACCAUGACUCUUUUGUUCUUUUAAUUUUUAUUUUGAGACAGAGUCUGCUUAUGCUACAUUGUUGCCCAGGCAUGAUAGGAACUCCUGUCUUCCUAUCCCAGCCUCCUACAAUGCUGUAAUAAUCAUUCUAGGAGUGGUUAUUGGUUUUAUCUAUGUUAAAGAAGACUGUGCAUAUUAAAAUAUGCUAUAUAAAAACAAAGAACAAAAUCCUUUCUGAUAACAGGCAUAGUGGCACAUUCCUGUAAUCCCAGCAAUUGGAAGGCUGAGGCAGGAGAAUCAUUUGCAAGUUAAGACCAGCUGGGGCUACAAAGUGAGCCCAGGGCCAGACUGAACUACAUAGUGAAACCCUGUCUCAAAAAGUCCAGAAAACAAAAAUCGUUUCUGAUUCUGUAGAGAGGUAGUCUUCUUUAAUGUAUGCUAUCCUAGGUAUGAAUAUAUUUGAACCCUGGCCUCUGGCUAGUUGACAAGCAAAGGAACAGUGUUCUAAUUUUCUACUUCAAAGGAACAUGCCAAAGACUUUUUUCUAUAAGACUGACUCCUUCAACAUAAAGGGAAGAAUUAAAAAUUAAUUUUAUCUUCUUAAUGACAAACCUUUUAGUUAAUUGUAAUGCAUGUUUGUUUUAUUCACAUUGCAUACAUUUAUUGAUAGCAAAGUGCAGUCAUCUCACUGGAUGCCAUUUGGAGGGUACAAGUAUAUUGUGUAGUCCACAGCCUUUAAAGAAUUGAGAGUUUGGAUGGGAAAACAAGAUAAAUGCAUAGUCAGAGUUAAAUUGUAAUGUAGAAUUACACCAGUAUAUGAGAAUGUCGCCAGGCACUGAGUAUACCAAUGAAAUACCAGAAACAGACAGUUAAGUAUAAAAGUUGAAUGGGGAAAGCAAGUUUUUAUGCAUACAUAGAGAAAGGGAGAACAUGGCAAGCUGGUGAUGGGAAACAUUAAGCUACACAAGUCUGGUUGAAGUAAGAAUUUCCUUUAAUAGAGUAUGGGAGAUAAAUAUAGAAAUGUAAAUUAUAUUAGGGAGAUUUAGGUUUCUUUCUGAUGACAUAAAAUAACAUUGGGUAAUCAUGAUAAAAAUAACUUCAAUUUACUGAGCAAUAUAUACCAGCAGCUAUGUUAAACGAUUUGUUUUUUAUUUAUUUAAGAGAAAAAAAUACAGAAAAGAAAAACAAAAAGCAAAAGAGACAAACAAAAAUAAACUAAAAACAAUAACAGUAUAGGUUUUCAAAACAAGAUGAUAGGAAUUUGGCAAUGGUUGUAAUAUUGCAUAUUGUUACCUUCAGAAGGGUUGCUUAGAUUACCGGAUACAGACCUGCAAAAUUGAUUUAGUCAUAUGACUAUCAACUGUUAUUUUCCAAGAACUAACAGAGUUAGUAGUAUAGUCAUCUUAGCUAUUUUAUGUAUAUAUACAAAUUUGUCUUUUUCCUUUUCCCUUCCUUCUUUCCUCCUUUCUCCUAUCCCAGCUACUUUUCCUCUUUGAGCAGUUUCUUACCCCUACACAAUAUUCAUUGUAGAUUUUGGAUCAUAUUUGCUCUUCAGUUUCUUACACUAGGGAGACAAUAUGGUAUUUACACAUAUGAGUUUGAUUUAUUUCACUUAUGAGUAUGGUGUCAAGUCAUGUCCAUAAAAGCCUUGAUGCAGUCUUUCUUUAAAUCUGAGUAGUACUCUAUUGUAUAAGAAUACUGCAUCUUUUUUAUUCAUUCCUUGAUUGGUGGACACUUAGGUUGUUUCCAAGAUUUGACUAUUAUAAACCAUGCUGCUAGAGACAUGAGUGCACAUAUAUCACUGUGGUAUGUUUUCAAUUCUUCUGUCAAGGUACCCAAAAGGGGAACAGCUGGAUUGAAUGGGACCUCUAAUCUGAGCUUUUUAAGGAAACUCCACAGUGAUUUCCAAAGGGGUUGUACCAGUCUACACUCCUACCAACAGAGUUCCUUUUCCCCCAUAGCCCCUCCAGCAUUUGUUAUUAGUUGAUUUCUUGAUGCUGACCAUUCUUUUUGGAAUGAAAUGGAAUAUCAGUGUUGUUUUAAUUUGCAUUUCUCUAAUGACCAAUGAUUCUGAACAUUUUUCAUGUAUUUAUGUGCUGUUUGUCUUUCUUUAUCUGAGAAGUGUGUAUUCAUCUCAGAUGCCCAUUUUUGGAUUGGGUCUUUGAAUUUUGGAGACCUGGUUUCUUUUAAUUCUUUAUAUGUUCUAGAUGAAGUGCUUUGUCUAAGGGACAGUUGGCUAAGAUUUUUUCCCAGUUGAUGGGUUUGCUUUUCACUGUAUUGGGAAUUUCUUUUGACAUGCAGAAACUUAAUAACACAAGUUUCCAGUUGUUGAUUCUGGCAAAUAUGUCCCUUGCAAUUUGAUUUUUGUUCAUGAACUCUCUGCUAACCCUAUGCCAUCAAGAUUUCUACCUUUUUUGUCUUCUAAAUCAGCAGAUUUAGUGUUUCUGUUUUAAUAUUUAGAUCUUUGAUCCAUUUUGACUUUAAUUUAGUACAUGGUGAUAGGCAUGGGUCUAGUUUAAGUUUUUGGCAUAUGGAAAGCCAGUUUUCCAGUACCACUUAUUAAAGAGGCUUUCUUCCAAUGAACAUGUUUGACCCCUUUGCUGAAGAUAAGGUGGCUGAGUGUGUUUGUAGUUGUAGUUGUAUCUUCUAAUCUAUUCCACUGAUCUUUAGGUCUGUUUUUAUUCUAAUACCAUACUAACUUUAUCACAAUAGCUUUGUAGUAUAAUUUCAAGUUGGGGAUUGUGAUGCCUCUGCCUUGCCUUUGUUGUCCAAAAUUGCCUUUGCUAUGCUAGUUCCUUUCCAGAUGAACUUUAGGGAUAAUUUAUCUAAAUCUAUAAAGUAUGCAAGUGGUAUUUUGAUGGGAAUUGCAUUACAUCUGUAUAACAAUUUUGGGAAAAUGGCCAAUGCUUGUUUUUCCUAUCCAUGAACAAGGAAUGUCUUUCCAUUUUCUGAGAUCCUCUUCAGUUGCUCUUUUCAGCGUAUUGUAAUUUUUGCUGAAUAGAUCUUUUACAUCUUUUGUUAGACUGAUUCCUAAAUAUUUCAUUUUUUUGGAUGCUAUUGUGAAGGAUGUGGUUUCCCUUAAUUCUCUCUCACUGCGUUUGUUGUUUAUGUACAGGAAUGCUUUUGAGUUUUGAGUGUUGACUUUGUAUCCAUUUAUUGAAUUUGGUUAUUACAUCUAGAAGUCAGUGGAGUUUUGGGGACGUUCUAUGUAGAGUAUCACAUCAUCUGCAAAUAAUGAUAAUUUAGCUUGUUCUUUUCCUAUCCUUAUUCUUUUUAUUUUUCUCUCUUGUCUAAUUGCCCUGGCUAUGUUUGCAGAGCUACAUUGAAUAGGAAUGGUAAUAGUGGACAUCCUUGUCUUGUUCCUGAUUUUAGAUUGAAAGUUUUCAGUUUUUGUCCAUUUAGUAAGAUAUUGGCUGUUGGUUUAUCAUAUAUGGCUUUUAUCAGGUUGAGAUAAAGACCAUCUUUUCUGAUUUUCUAUAGAAUUUUUAUCAUGAAUGAUUGUUGGAUUUUGUCAGAAGCUUUUUCUGCAUCUAUUGAAACAAUCAUGUGAUUCUUGACUUUGGCUCUGUUGAUAUUGUGUGUUAUGUUUAAUGAUUUGCAUACAUGGAACCACCCCUGCAUUCCUGAGAUGAAUCCCACUUGAUCGUGGUGUAUAAUCUUCUUGAUGAUUUGUUGCAUUCUUUUUGCCAAUAUUUUAUUGAGGAUUUUUGUAUCUAUGUUCAUUAGGGAGAUUGGCCUAUAAUUCUCUCUUUUUGGUUGGGUCUUUCGCUAGUUUUGGUAUUAGGGUAGUACUUGCUUCUUGGAAUGAGUUAGGGAGACUUGCUUUCCUUUUAAUUUCACUGACGAGUUUGCGGAGUAAAAACUUGUUUUAUUUCCAGUCUUGAAAUACUUCACUCCAAGCUGUUCUUGGCUUGAAGGUUUGUGCUGAGAAAUCUGUCGUGAUUCUGAUAGGCUUUCCUUCACAGGUGAUCUGUUUCUUUUUUCUGACAGCUUUUAGUCUUCUGUUCUUGUGCUGAAUUUUGAGGUUCUAACUAUUAUAUGUAUGAGUGAAGAUUUAUUUUGUUUAUGGCUAAUUGGGGUGCUAUAUGCCUCACUUACCUUUAUAUCUUUUCCCAUGUUUAGAAAAUUUUCUGUUAUUCUGUAAAUAGUCUUCUUAUGUCAUUUGUGUUGAUCUCUGCUUUUUUUGUGAACACCUAUCAGUUUACAUUGUUUCUUUUUGCAUCAUCUUGCAGAUGUUGAAUUGAAAUUUCCUGGUUCCUUGUUAUUAUUAAGAGAUCUUUUCUUUUGUAAUCAUAAGCUUCUAUCCCAUCUUCAAGAUCUGAGAAUGUAUCUUCUCUUCAUUCAAGGGGUUUUGCCAGCUUUCAGUGGAAUUUCUAAUUUCCUGAAUAUCCAUUUGAAUCUGUUGCAUGCAUUCUAAUUCUGUAUUACAUUGUUCAUUCAAGGUUUCCAUCAUUUUUCUUAUGUUUCUCUUUUUUUAAAUCUAGAUCUUUAUUUUUUUAUUUUUAUUUUAAAGAGAUCAAGACAAAACAAGACAUAAUAAAACAGAUCAGAACAAUGUAAGCAACGUAGUAUUUCACAAGACAACCUGUAAUUAACAGUAACUAUCAUAAUGUCUCUUGCUUUGAAAUAGUGGAGUAUAACUUCAUAUACAGUAGUAUCAAACAUAACAAAAUAGUAUAAAAUCAUUCAAAAGAAUGAAAGUAUUACAGAGCAUUCAGAACCAAGUAACAGAGAAUGAACAAUGGCUAUUACAUUAUCUCAUUUUCCAUAGAAAAUUUGUUUAUACUAUCACACAUAAUAAAAUCCAAUAAGAUACAACUGAUAGAACCAAUGGAAACAGAAGAAUAGGAUUUCAAAGUAAGAUGAUGUUAAAUCAGCCCUGGCUAUUGUAAUGUCUUAUUUUCUUCAAAAUAGGUCUUCUUUAGGCACACUCAACAUUUCUUUUAUAAUGUUUGUCAUUUCUUUUUUUUCUUAACGUGAGAGAUUAUUUCUGUUCUUAUUUCCUCUAUAACUUCAUGAAGUUGUUUCUUUACUUCAGUUGCUAUCAUUUCAGAAAGUUUAAUUGUGCGAUUUCCAGUGUCUUCCAUUUCAGUGUCUCCUGGGUUUGUUCUUGGAGGACUGAAACUGCAUCUUGCUUUUUCAUUUUGUCAUUUUCCUCUGUGGCCUGUGUGACUGACUAGGUACCCUUCUGAUGGAUUGAACUGGAACGCUGCCCUGGGCAGAGUUAUGAUCCUCCUGUAUCCAUAUGGCUAGCCGGGGUACAUCUCUGAACUAUGGCCUGGAGCCUUGCGCUCUGUGACCUGUGAUGCUGGCUGGGCCUUCCCCUAGUGGAUUGUGUGGGAUACUGGGCUGGGCAGAUCUUGGAUCUUCCAUGCAACUAGCAGGGAUGGAUCCCUGGAGUGUUGCCCCAGGGCCUUGUGCCUGGCUGGGUGGUGUUCAGAACCUCCGGGACCCACUGGGCUGCUGUGACCAAUGAAGCUUCUGAGGUCCUUGGGUGAAGGACUGCGAGAGGAUGAGAAAAGAAAAAGACAAAGCUGGGGUCAGGUAGAGUCCUUAUUGUCUUGAUGGAAGAAAGGUACUGCUCAACCAAUGCAGCAUAUUUAUUUAUAUACUAGGAAAGAUGAUGUCAGCUUCAGCCCCUUUGCCAUGCAACUCAUUGCUUGGAUUAUCUUGGAGCAUGGUGUUUUUCUGGGCUAUUCAGGUGGGCUAUUCAACUUCUUCAGGUGGCUAACUGGGGAGCUCUUUCUUUUCUAGUAGGAUCAUGUCUGAGUCAUGCUCUAGGUCAGUUUCCAGCUUCAAGGACUCCCAACACUGAACUACCUGGGACACACCCUUGAACCAUGGCCCUGGGGCCUUUUGCUGUGCUGGGUGGAGCUCAGAAUUGCCAGGACCUGAAGGCUAGGCUUGUCGCUCCCUGAUGGAUAGUUCUGGGACUCUGGGCUGAGCAGGGCUUGGUACCUCUGUGACCUGUGAGGCCGGCCAGGCCUCACAGUUCACAGUUCCCUUGAUGGAUUGUGCUGCGAUACUGGGUUGGGCAGAGCUCAGAUACUCUGUGCAGCUAAUAGAGAUAAACUCCCAGAGUUUGUACUUUUUUCUAGCAAGCUAAGACCUUCAUGGCAACAAGUUUUCAAUUUGAGGUCCAAUUACUAAUUUAUUGAUAAACUUAUUAAGACCACAAUUAAACAUAAAGAAAUUUCCACGAUGGUUUACUGAUGUGCUCCAUAAAGGAGGGAUGAGAUUGUGUAGGUGUAUGUAACACCCCAGUUGCUACUUUAACUCUAGAAAACAGAAAGCCAUUGAAGAUUUUUGUGCAGCGCAAAGACCUGAAAGAGUUUCUAAAGUCUGGUUCAACUUUCAGAGUUUAAGGUGAACAGCUAACAUAGAAAUAGAAGCUUGUGCUUUAACCAUCCAAUAAGAGGCCUAAGGCCAUGGUGGCCUAAAAUGGGAUCAUUAUAAAUCUACUUCAACUAUCCAUAUUUGUGAUAAACAUAAUUCUUGACCAACACUGCAGUGUUCUCACACACACACACACACACACACACACACACUCACACACACACACACGUGUGUUCCUGCAAUUCUUGAUUAAUAUCCAUGUCUGACACUACCUCUAUGCUUUUUGAGAAAACUGACCUUGUAUUUUUUUGUCACUGGUCCCUCGUACUGUCCCUAGUAGCUGUCCGCAGUAGCUAAGCACUCAGUAUACUUUUUGUAAAUCCAGUAAAAUUACAAACAAUGUUAACAGUAUUAAUAAGUUCUCACUUUGUUCCAGGCAUGGGGCUCAAUACUUUUAGUACAGCAAAUACAUCUGGAAUCAAACUACCUAGGUUUGAAUUUCAGCUCCACCACUUACUAGCUGUUUAAGUAAGUUGGUUCAAAUCUUGUGUCUUGUUUCCCUUAUCUUUAAGAGGAGGAUAAUAAUAGCACUUAUCUCAGAGACUAGUGGCAUGGUGUGUUAACAUAUAUAAAUCAGUUAAGUAUAGGAGGUAUUCAAUUGAUUGUUAUUACCUUCAUAAUUAUUUUCAUAAUAUCUACUAUUUAAUUUGACCAUUGGGAAAUAAAUAUAUGAGGGUCAAGGGAAAGACUGUGACUCUCAUGGUAUGCCUGGCCUGUUAGACUUCCUCACAAACAUUAUCCCAGAAGAAUAAAACUAAUUUCACAACUUCUUUCUGUUUUCACCAAAGCACACACAGAUCUUAUUUCGAAUAAUAGGUCUUUAAAAAGAAAUGAAAGAGGCUUUUAUUCUUUUCAUGUAGCUUUUGGUGUUUGCAGAACAAAUAACAUUUUUUUGCAAGAGAUUCAGGUGCUAGCCUCACUACCAUACCAAGUUAAACUUGUUUAUCUUGUUUUUGUUUGUUUGGUUUUUCUUUUUCAACCACUUCUUUCAUCAUAUGUACUCUAUUGUCUGUCACCUGGCAGUGAGAUGAUUGAUUCCCCUUUCCAGUUCUGAUCCAAGAGGUAAAAUCUAGGUCACCUGAUAAGAAGGAAGCGAGCCUUCAUGUUAUAACUCGACAGACAGAACUUCCCUUUAACUUCUGUUCAUUAAGAGUAAAAUCAAAACAUUCUUCCAUUUCUUCUGAGUAAUCCUUAGCCCUCUUUUGUAGGUUUUUACUAUGAUGGUCUUCAAUAAUGCCAGCAUAUUAACUUACAGUAAUGUGACCAAUUCUUGAUACUUGUCAUAGCAGAGGAAGUAAGGGGUAUGCGAAGGCUCUUGGGCAUUCAGAGAGGACCAGCUGCUGUUUGUCCAUCUGUUGCAGCCUGCUCACCAUCCUACCUUGUUGAUAACUCAAGCAUGCACAUAACAAGUUUACUUUUAGAUUCUCAAAUUGUUUUUUGUACCUAUCUUCUUAUAGACCAUGAAAAUAUUUCCUAUGGGCUUGAAAUAAAUAUUUAUUUUAUCAUUGAAUGAAGGUGGUUAAGAAUAAUGAAGGGAUCCAAAGUCAUAAACUAGAAAGAAGUGAAAAGACUGACUCAUGCCAGAACUGGCUGGUUUAAAUAGGUAAGAUUAUAUCAUCCAGUAUCAUUGCCUAUAAUCAAAAGGCAGAAAUAUGUAACUAAAAUAUUAACCUAGGUUAAAGAUUACUUAAAAGUAACAAAUAAGCAAGCUCACAAGAGCUUUCGUGUGUGGUAGCCCUGCCCCUGGAAGGAUUCCACGGCAAUGUGAGGAUAGUCUCUUGUGUGUCUGGGCACCUUGGAGAAAAAAGCAACUGAGGAAAGGUCUCAGGUACGGGAUGUGGAUAGGCGCAUGGCCUUGACCAGCUGCUAGGUGAGGAAACCGCACCCUUUCUAACUUGAGGCUUUGGUCUCAUCACCUAACUGCCUCGCCACCAGGACAGCUCAGGCCCGCUUCACGUUGUUGACAGAAGGUGAGGAGGGAGGCAGAACCAUAGGCCCCUGCCCUUCACUCUCUGAAGUUUGACCCUGAAUUCUGCCUCUGUCUGCACCCUGCUUCAGUCUUUAGUGAGCAAGCCUUUUCUAAGGUAAUAAGUAACUCACAGGUGACUGAUUUAAAGUCCUUAGAGAGGACUCCGGAGUUGCAAACAUUAUCACUCUAAUCAAAUUCAUCCUCUUUUUCACCUUUCGCUGCUUCCACUUUGGUUUCAGAGUAAAACUGUUUGGUUUUUUUUUUUUUUUUUUUUGUCUUUUUCGUUUUUAUUGGUACCAGGGAUCGAACUCACAACUGCCUGCUUGCAAGCUUAUGUUAAAUCCCCAGCCCCAGAGUAAAACUGUUAAACUCUUUACUGCUUUUUGUCCAUUUGACAGUUGUAGAUAUGUCUGUUUUUACAAAAAAAAAAAAAAAAAAAAAAGAAAGAAAGAAAAGAAAGAAAGAGAAAAAAACCCUGAGAGGAAUAGCAUAACAGAAGGAAAAUGUUAGACCCAGAGUUUUCAAGAGCAAAUUAUGUGAAGCUUUUAAAGACACUUGAAAUGACUUUAACUCUUCAAAUGGCAGUCACCUUUAUUACCGCGUGGAUUCUGAUACUGUGUAUACAAUUGUCUGUAAGAUAAUUGUGAAAGAAAUUAUAACAACACCUGUUUCCUGCUUUCCUUCAUUUUUUAAAUUUUAAUUUUGUUUAUUAAAUAAUGAGUACUUAACAAGAAAACUAUUUUAAAAACUCAAAGUAUUGAUUUUUAAUAUUUGAAUGUUUAUAAAAAAAAGUAUCAAAAUUUUCAACAUUGACUUUUGGUAUACAAAGUCAAAAAAAUAGCAUCAGAAAUGAAUUCCUAUGUGAACCACAAUGAAAAUACCAAUAGAACUCUACAACAAAAAUAAUCUUUGCUUCAACCAUCACCCAAGGCAGUCUUUCAUACCUGACAACUCCAUAAUCCAUGCACACAUCUCUUACACUGAAAGAUUUCUGCUUCCCUUUCCUUUCCUGUACACCAGGCAUUCUUGUCACCUCUGUUGUAUCCUCUUUUGUCAGGAGCUUAUUUCUGUACAGUGGACCUUAUAAACUCAAUUCAUGCACAAGGGCUGGUUGUAACUCAAGUUGGUUGUAAGUCAAGACUAUUUUUCCCAUAAGAAUUAAUGGAAAUACCCGUAAUGUGUUCAGAACCUCCCAAAGCACUCCUUAACUAACCUUUUCAUAAUACAAAAGGGUUGUAUAAUAUGCAUAAUUUAACAGAAAUACCAAAAAUUUUUCUAACAUGUUCACUAAAAAGUUAUAAAAUAUGCCUCAUUUACCAUAAACAAUAAUUUCUUUUUCCUUUUUAUCGGUACCGGGGAUCGAACUCACGACUGCUUGCUUGCAAGGCAGGCGCUUAUGCCGCUGAGCUAAACCUCCAGCCCCCAUAAACAAUAAUUUCAUACUGUACUCACCAUUCAGGUUGACAUCUUUGGCUUGCAGGAAGGGAGGAUGGUGGUUGUUUGGAAGCAGAGUCCUUCCAUAAGAAUCAGGAAUCUGGCUCUCUGGUGUUCUUUCUUCCCUUGGGAGAGUCUGUAGUCCACCAGGAUUUGCAUCUGGCUCAGUAAACUCAACUUUUUCAGAAUUAAAAACCAGUCUAAGGUGAUCUGUCUGUCUUUUAUUUAACAUAGUUCUUUUAAUUUGUGAUUUCUUUCUUUACUUUGCCUUCGUUUGCUUCUUUUCUAACUUUUGGGGGGCUAUUUUGAUAGCAGUUAUUGUAGCGAUUUUAAAAAGCACUGACCAAAGUCACAGCUACAGACAUGUGCCUCCGGCUUCGCACUGAUGCUUGCAUGCACUGACGCGCACCUUUCUGGCUCCUGCUUUCCUUUAACCUGAAUGUUAAUUUAGUCAAAAAGAUAACAGCAAGGCAAGGUGCUUGUCCAUAAAUAAUAUGGAUCUUGAAAGUAUCCUACCAUGGAGAGUCACACCUUCUUUUCUUGAUUUAAUAAUAAAUGAAAUUCAUACUACUAUAAUUAGUAGUUUUAGAUCUCAUGAAUCAUAUUUACUUGAGAUAGGAACUUAGUAUAUGAUUUCAGGAGAGCUCUGCUAUGGAAUAUAUAUGUGUACUAUCUUUUUUUUUUUAUCUUUUAUCUUUUCAAGACAGAGUCUUGCUAUGUAGUUUAGGGCUGGCCUUGAACUCCCUAUGUAGCUCAUGAUAGCCUCCCACUAGCUGCAAUCCUCGUGCCUCAGCCACUCAAGGACUGGGAUUACAGACAUGUGCCGUGCUGAGCAGAACCAAGGAGUCCUUACCAUGUGCACAGCAUUAUUUUAGUGUGUACAUUCUACACAUUACAUUGAUAUACAUUAUACAUAUUACUCUUAAAUGAACUCAAGUAAAUAUGAUGACCUCAUUUAUAGGUGAGUAAGCGAAGCACAGAAGGGUUAAGCAGCUUUCUCAAAGUCAUUUAGCUAGAAGAGGACAGAAUAUAAACCUGAAUCCAAGCACUUUGAAUGCAGAAUUUGUACUGUGUAAGUUCACUGCCUUUCUUUACAACCUUGAACUUCUCCAGAAUUCAUGAUAGAAGAGGAGUGAGAAUAGAAAAAUUAAGUGUAGGGGAAGAUAUUACAGGAUAUUGAACCAAAAUAUUGGCUUCCCUAAAAAAUAAUUAGGAUUAUUGGACAUUUACUUAUAUUUUAUACUUAUCAACUUUAUCUUGAGUCAUAAAUUUGUCCGUUCAUCUUCACAUGAGAAAUAAAAAGCUUGUUUUCCUUCAGAAUUGCCUUAGUGACCAGGCUGCCUUGUCAGCGGCAAGAGGCCUCUGUGCUCUUGAAAAAGAGGAAGCCAGGUUGGGGGCCCCUGGAAUCACAAAGGAUUACUUUGAUUUUACUAUGAUUACAGAUAAAGGGGUGCAAUCAAUAUCUGUGAAAUGACUAAGUAUGUAAUACCCAUGUCCCCUUCUAUUGGUAUUGUGUCAUGCAGUUACCAAACGCACGUGGAUUUCUUCUUUGUUCCCAAUGUUCUUAUGCAUACUUCCAUUAAAGCAUUUAGUGUAUGAUUUCUGGUUUUCCCCCUUCAGGAAAAGCUGCUUAAUCAUGUCUUGUAUUUGUACCCCCAAGGGUUUAGCACCUGCACCUGAUUACCAGUAACCUGAUUGAUUGCUGAUGGAUUAUUAUGGGAAGAAAGGAAGGAGGAGAGCGAAUAGGCAUAGAGCAGAUAACCGUGGUGUCUAUUUCACAGGGCCAUUGGGUUUCUUUAUCUGAAACUUUGGAAAUAUACUUAGAGACGCUAUUUCUGGGCUUUGAAUUUAUUCCUCUGGUUCAGCCUCUGGGAAGAAGCCAGUGAUAAUCAAACAAUGACAUCACCCAGUUGUGCUGCAUAAUUAUGGCAUCCCCAGAGGGCUUUGCCUGUGCUCUUGGUGGUUUAUCUGUAAUUAUUAAUUUAUACAGAAUGCCUAUGUGGAUAGCUCCAAACCACUCCAGUCUCCAAAUUUUCAUCUCAUAGUAUAGAUACAGGCUAAGAGUCUUGCUGAUGGUUUGAAAAACCACACAUUUGUUCAUUUUGUAUUUGAGGCAAUUAUGAAGUGCAGGGCUUUCCCCUUUCCAGUCAAUGACAUUAAAGUCAUCUCUCUCCACUUUCCAAUCCCUUGUUCCCCCAAGCACAAUUGUGCUGGGUACCAUUUUCAUUUCUAAGAGGUUUUCAGAUUCCAUUUUCCUGUAAUAAUUCCAUAUUUGUUUUUAAAUGCACAUUGACCGUUAUGAAACACACCCCUGUUUGUGGGAUUCAAACUUUUUUUAAAAUUUUACCUGUCACUUUACAUACAGAACACAGUGUUCUGUUGUGUGUCUCAUGAUUGCAGCUGCUCAAGUGGGAGUGUGGGCUAGAAUGAGGCUGCCUGUGGAUUCUCAGCGGGUAUUUUAAAAAACUCUUCUCUGUGGAAGCUUCUGAUGAUGUUUCUGGCCUGCUUCCGCCCCACCACCCAUGCUGCUCUCCCUGCCUUAAGACAACAAAUGGGUCUGGCAGAAAAGAAAGAAACGCAAGAGUAAGUGAAAACAAAUGUGGGAAUUCAUCAGCUCAUUGUAUUCUACCAGUCACCCUGGAGAAGUGCGUUAUGCAUUGUACUGAUAGUCUACUAUGCAACGAAUGAUAAUUUUUCUAAGGAUAAUACUUGGUCCAAUUUGGCAUCCACCUCACAGUUGCAAAUAGCUUCAUCUGUUGGGUAGAUGAAUCACAGUUGCAGGUUGAAAACAACAAAAAAUAAUUUCUUUGCUUGGAAUAUCAGGUACAUAACUUUCUGUGCAAAGUUCUCUCCUUUGCUCAUUACACAUUAACUUUGCAGUUACUGUUCAAUCUCCAUCAGAGAGUUAAGAUCUGUUGUAUACUAGUCAUGCAAAAAGAGAAUUGUAAAAGAUAUGGUGUGAGCACACAGCACAGGUUAAGGUUCCUGCAGUGGUAGAAUUUUUGAUUAUUACCGUGAAAUUAUUAUAAUACAGAAAGUCCAUUAUUCUAUUGGUUACAUGAUGAUUUUCUAUAAUAGAAACUCAUAUUGACAUUGAUGUUUAAGGCUGAGAUAUUUGUUAGUAAUUUUAGUAGGAGUUAAAUACCUUUGUUGUAGGUUCUGCUGUUUUAACAGUGUUUCUUGACACUUAGCACUUGCAAAUAUUCAGUUCAUUUAGUGCAUUCCAGUGUGUCUUCUGGGUUGAGACAUAUUACCUGUUUAUUUUCUUAGGUCUUCUACUAUUGUUAGUUUUGGUCCUUCUCUGGUGAGUGUGUGUUUGUUAAAGACCUGUGGAUAAUUUUCAUAUCAGGAGGCUGACCCUCAUUCAGUAUGGUGGAACCCUGCACAGGUUGCUCAUUUCCUAGCCCAAGAAUCAGAUGAGGCUCCUUGAAGAUUGGAGAACUGCUUUUUAAAAAAAGGAAGUAGGUAUUUUAAGAGAGGAAAUGAUACUUAUGGUAAGAAAUUAUGGCGUUUUAUAUGGCCGAGUUAAAAUGACAUGGAAUGGUAGAUAACAUGGAAAGGUACUAAGGCUCAAGACCUAAUUGUUUUACGCUAUAUUUAAUGCUGUGGACUAACUCUCUGAGACUGGUUGCAAAAUAUUAUGAAUAUGUUCAUUUUCUUGGGUUACGGUGUGGAUUAAGUCCUAGAGUGAUGCACUAGAAUCUUUGCAGUGAAAAGGUUUACAUGAAUGACCAUACUGACCAAACUGAAGUAAAACAUUACUAUAUUGAUAUUUACUAUCAAAAGAAAUUGGAUCCACAGAACUAUGUCAGUUUAACAAAUUGAAAUUGCCAGGAAAUCUUCAAACAAAACUAUACAUUCAUUCACCAAACAGUACCAAAUACCAGAUGGUGUGGUAUAGUGGCACAUACCUAUUAUCUCAGCACUCAGGAGGCUAAGCAAGGAGGGUUGCUGCCAGUCUGAGGCCAGCCUGAACUAUAUAGCAAGAUGUUGUCUCAAAAAAAAAAAAAAAAAAAAAAAAAGAAUAAAAGGAUCAAGAACGAAUCUGGGUAGUACCAUGCAGUUAGAUGAGGUAGAGUAGGGGAACAUGGUCUAGAUGGGGGAUGAGGAGUAUUCUUGAGCAGAUGACAUUUGAACUGAGACCAAAA